AUGCCCACCCUUUCAGUGUUCAUGGAUGUGCCUAUGAUGCACAAGCUAGAAGGCACCUUGUUAAAGACCUACAAACAAGAUGAUUACCCUGACAAGAUGUUCCUGGCCUACAAAGUCUGCAUGACCAAUGAAGGCCAACCCUGGGUUUCUCUUGUGGUAAACAAGACCCGACUGCAGAUUGCACAGGAUCCCUCUCUGAACUAUGAGUACUUGCCUAUGAUUGGCAUGAAAUCAUUCAUUCAGGCCUCCUUGGAACUCCUCUUCGGAAAGUACAGCCAAGCCAUUGUGGAGAACAGGGUAGGAGGUGUGCACACUGUUGGUGACAGUGGUGCCUUCCAGCUUGGGGCCCAGUUCCUCAAGACCUGGCUUAGGGAUGCUCAAGUCGUUUGCAUGAUUUCAACUCAAAAAGAACCAUAUGGAAUCGUCUUCCAGGACAUGGGCUUUACAGUCUACGAAUACUGCAUCUGGGAUCCCAAGCACCUGUGCAUGGACUCCAACAUAUUCCUUGAUGUGGUGGAGCAGAUGCCACGUGACUGUAUCCUGGUGAUUGGGAACAUCACUGACUGCAAGUGGACACAAAGUCAGUUGGCCAAGUUGAUGCUCACCAUUAAGAACAAACGGAUAUUCCCAUUUUUUGACAUUCCCUGUCAAGGUUUAUCCACCGGUGACCUGGAAGAAGAUGCCGAAAUCUUACAAUACUUUGUGUCUCAAGGUUUUGAGUUCUUCUGCAGCCAGUCUCUGUCCAAGAAUUUUGGCAUUUAUGAUGAAGGACUGGGGAUGCUGGUCGUGGCAACACUCAACAACCAGCACUUGCUGUGUGUCCUCUCCCAGCUGAUGAACUACACCCAGGCACUGUGGCUCAACCCUCCUGCCAGGGGUGCUCGCAUAAUCACCUCCAUCCUCUGUAACCCUGCCCUUCAGGGAGAAUGGAAGCAGAGUCUCAAAGAGGUUGUAGAGAACAUCAUGUUGAUCAAGGAGAAGGUGAAGGAGAAGCUCCGGCUCCUGGGAACCCCUGGCUCCUGGGACCACAUCACUGAACAGACUGGGACCCACGGUUAUCUUGGACUCAGCCACCAACAGGUGGAAUACCUGAUCAAGAAGAAGCAUAUCUACAUGCCCAAGAGUACUAGGAUUAACUUCACCUGUAUCAAUGCCAGCAACAUUGACUACAUCACCCAGAGCAUCAAUGAGGCUAUCCUCUUCACAAAGAACUCCGAGAAACAUCUUCAGGAUGUAAAUGACCACUGA